CCCUUCAUCGUCUCCCAGACUCCGAUCAUGGCUGAGCAGCUGGUCCUUCGCGGAACCCUCGAGGGUCACAAUGGCUGGGUUACUUCCCUGGCUACCUCUUUGGAGAACCCCAACAUGCUGCUUUCUGGCAGUCGCGACAAGACUCUGAUCAUCUGGAACCUUACCCGCGACGAGGAGGCCUACGGUUACCCCAAGCGCUCCCUCGAAGGUCACUCCCACAUCGUUUCUGACUGUGUCAUCUCCUCUGACGGCGCCUACGCUCUGUCCGCCUCGUGGGACAAGUCUCUCCGUCUUUGGGAGCUCGCCACUGGAAACACCACCCGCAGCUUCGUUGGCCACACCAACGAUGUUCUCUCCGUUUCCUUCUCUGCCGACAACCGUCAGAUCGUCUCCGCCUCGCGUGACCGCAGCAUCAAGUUGUGGAACACCCUCGGUGACUGCAAGUUCACCAUCACCGACAAGGGCCACACCGACUGGGUGUCUUGCGUCCGCUUCAGCCCCAACCCCCAGAACCCCGUCAUCGUCUCCGCUGGCUGGGACAAGCUCGUGAAGGUUUGGGAGCUCGCUUCCUGCCGCCUCCAGACCGACCACAUCGGUCACUCCGGCUACAUCAACACCGUCACCAUCUCCCCCGACGGAUCCCUCUGCGCCUCCGGUGGCAAGGACGGUACCACCAUGCUCUGGGACCUUAACGAGUCCAAGCACCUCUACUCUCUCCACGCCGGUGACGAGAUCCACGCCCUCGUCUUCUCCCCCAACCGCUACUGGCUCUGCGCUGCCACCACCACCAGCAUCACCAUCUUCGACCUCGAGAAGAAGAGCAAGGUUGAUGAGCUCAAGCCCGAGUACGUCGAGAAGGGCAAGAAGGCCCGUGACCCCGAGUGUAUCUCGCUGGCCUGGAGCGCCGAUGGCCAGACUCUGUUCGCUGGUUACACUGACAACAAGAUCCGUGCUUGGGGUGUCAUGUCGAGGGCAUAAAUGUGAGGAUGAGCGAUGACGGAGGAGAGGAAAUCUUUUUUGAAACAAAAAAAAGGGCAGGCAUUGGUUGGGAUGUAUGAGCCAUGAGCAAUG